GCAGAAUCCGCCCCCCCUUUUCAUCGCCUCCAAACAACUUGCAAACCAGCGUACCAGACCAUUGUCAGACUUCAACAUGCCUGAAAUUGCGGAGGUUGCUCGGAUUGUCCACUACAUGAAUAAGAGCCUCGUUGGCAAGACUCUCGCAACCGUUAAAGCCAUAGAUGACACGAAUGUGUUUGGCAAGGUCGGUACAAGUGGAGCGGAGUUCCAGGACGCCUUGACGGGCAAGAAAGUCCUAGACGCUGGCCGUCAGGGGAAAUAUUUCUGGCUUAUCAUGUCUUCGCCCCCGCAUCCCGUCUUUCAUCUAGGAAUGACAGGCUGGAUCUACAUCCGGGGCGAGCCAUUGGCCCAUUAUCGGCCGAAAGAAGAGGAAAAGGAAGAAAAAUGGCCACCGAAGUACUGGAAGUUUAUUUUGGAAACUGACAGCAAGCCGAAGGUCGAAGCAGCAUUUGCGGAUGCGAGGAGAUUUGGACGUAUUCGACUUGUGAACUGCGCAGCUGAGAAUAUCCGAAAGACGACGCCACUCAAAGAAAAUGGACCGGAUCCAACUGUCGACACCAAUAUUCUGACUGAAGGAUGGUUGGAGCAGAAGAUGAAGAGCAAGCAUGUGCCCGUCAAAGCCCUCUUAUUGGAUCAGGCAAAUAUUAGUGGGAUCGGCAAUUGGGUUGGUGAUGAAAUACUCUACAACGCCAAAUUGCAUCCCGAGCAGUAUAGUGACACAUUCUCCUCGGCUCAGCUAAAGCAACUUCACAAAUCUAUCCUCUACAUCUGCCAGACGGCUGUUGAUUUGCUGGCGGAUUCAAGCAAGUUCCCAGAAGAAUGGCUAUUCAAGCACCGUUGGGGAAAGGGGAAGAAAGAUUCGGUGGCCACUUUACCAAAUGGAGCCAAGAUCACGUUUCUCACUGUAGGUGGCAGGACAAGCUGUGUGAUUCCCAGCGUACAGAAGAAGACAGGGGCGGUGGCUGGCGAUGUGAAGGAGGUUGAGAACGGAGACGAAAAGCCUGCUGCGAAGAAGGCAGCCAAGAGCAAUGGAACGAAGAAGAGAAAGGAUGCUCCAAAGGUGGAGGAGGAGGAUGCGGAGGAACAGGUGGAGGAGACGACUAAGAAGCUGAAGGGUACUAGCAGGGCUUUGACGAAGUCUACUAAGGUCAAGGAGGAGAUCGUAGAUUCGGGCCGUCGUCGUUCAGGGAGAGGGAGGCCAAAAGUAUAAUUCUGAUGUAUCUGACAUAUCGGAGAAAAGGCUUGGACUUAUGGGUGAGUUAAAAAAUUCGGCAUUCGUCAGUCUCCUUGUACUUUGGAUAAACGGAAAAUAAUCUUGGCAUCCGAUGUUUUCUGUUCUUGCAGCGUGUAGACGCAUUGGUCUUCCUCAAGAUAUUAAAAGUCCAAGGGGGCGAUGCUUCAUUAAUUUCAUAUUCGUACAUGUCGUUCAAUUGAGUUUCGUAGUUCGGUUCCAUCCUGUGGCCUUGAUUGGUAUCAACUCUCGGAGGCAACGGUUCUCGCUAGCUCGCGUGUUGAUU